AUGCAAGCUGUUCUGGUUGAGCCUGAGGCUGUUCUAGUUGAGGUUGAAGCUGUGGUAAUGGCGCUGAUGGUAGAGGUAGGGGCGCUGAUGGUGGCAGCGUCAUUGAAGGAGGUGCCGGCGUGGGAGGAGCCGCAUUGUACAGGAGAAGGCGGCUGUGCUGACUGUGGUAGAAUCGUCAUCGGUGCUGCUGAUGGCGGCGGAGCUAUGGUUGGUGGUGGAGGUGGUGGCGUGGGAAGAGGUUCAGGUGGUUGCAUUGCUGGCUGCAUGGCUGGCUGGACGACAGGCUGUGACACUGGUGCUGCCAUUGGCGAGCAACAAGCUUCGCAGGCAGUACGACAGUUUUUCAAGCAUAUGUUAAUACAUAUCUCAUCAGGACAUGUAUCGAAACAAGUUCGUCGACAAAUGGGUAUGCAAUUUGAUGAGGUGAGUUGUGCAGCUGGUUGAUC